CGAAGUUUGUUCGCUUGUGGAGGGUUCGACAUGUUGCACCCCUGUCCUGUCUUUUUCCCGUCGUCGGUGUUUUAAGCUUCUUCAUUCCCUCCCCUUUCCCACUCUUAACCUUCCUGCCUUUCCUUCACCCCACGCAUUCCUUUUCGCUUCACAUCUGUCUUUCUAUCAUUUUCACCGAAAAAGCGCUGGUCUGCUUUCCUGGGAUCAUCGGUUUUUUGCUGCCUCACACCCGUCGGUCUCUACUAUUUACUACUCUUUUCGUGUUCACUAAUACCCCAUUUUAAUACUUCUUUUUUGACGUCAACGCCAUCUCCUGGUCGAGAAACAAAAUAAACAAAUCACCCUCGCUCACGAUAUCCUUGAAGGAAUAUAAAGAAGCAAGAAAAAAAAAGAAAGAAACUCCAGUCAGGAAACAGGACAUUAAUUAGCUCAAAAAGAUGCCUUCCAUCAUCAAGACAGCAGGCCUCGCGUUCGCCGGUUUGGCCGCCUUUGCUUCGGCCCUCCCCUCACAGUCGAGGUUCUUCUCGAGGAGUACUUACGAGAAGCGCCAGGCCGCCCCUCCGGCUGCCGCUGACCCUGCCGGUGGCCUUACCGAUGUCGACAUCCUGCAGUUCGCUCUGACCCUUGAGCACCUCGAGGCCGCCUUCUACCAGCAGGGUUUCGCCAAGUUCCCCGCCGCCCAGUUCCAGGCCCUUGGUGCUACCCCCCAGCAGGUCACCGAUCUCCUCGGCGUUGGUGCCAGCGAGCAGGCCCACGUCACCUUCCUGCAGAGCGCCAUCGCUCAGGCCGGCACCAAGCCCGUCCAGCCCUGCAAGUACAACUUCAAGUUCACCGACGCCGCUGGCAUGCUGGGUACCGCAUCCGUCCUCGAGAGCGUCGGUGUCUCGGCUUACCUGGGCGCCGCUCCCUUGGUCAAGGACAAGUCUAUCCUGUCCGCUGCCGGCUCCAUCCUCACCAUUGAGGCCCGCCACCAGACCGCCAUCAACAUCGUCUCGCAGCUCGCCGGCUCCCCCGGUGCCUUUGACGCUCCUCUGGGCCCCAGGGAGGUCUUCUCGCUGGCCGCUCCCUUCAUCGAGUCGUGCCCCGAUGGUUCCAACCUCGCCAUCAAGGCGUUCCCCUCCUUGGCCAUGGCUCCCGGCACCAAGGCCACUGCUUUGUCGGCUGGCAACACCCUGAACAUCCAGUCGGACCAGGCCCAGGGCGCACAGUUCUGCGGUUUCACCAACGGCCAGAUCAUCGGAGGUACCGCCUUUGCUCCCUUCACCGCCGGCGCUGGAUGUGUCAUCCCUCAGAACCUGGCCGGCAUCGUUUACGUCACCCUCACCAACCAGGCCCCGUUGACCGGAAAGCUGACCGAGGACAUGAUCGUUGCCGGCCCCAUGGUUGUCAACUUGGCUCCUGGCUCUCUCUAAGCGUCUAGCUUUUCUUUUUCUUUUUUUAUACUUCCCCUUUCAUCUCCGAGAUGUAUAUUGGGCAUUGUGGUGGCUGGCAUCAAAAGGAAAUUUACUGGGAAUGAAACACGACUUGAGUAAAGGGGCGUGAAAAACGGAUCCAAGCGCAGCGUUGAGCUGCCUGGAUAUGAGAGCUUGUCUCUCUGGCCGUGUUCCCCCUUUUACCGACGACUUAUUAAAGCAGCAAAAUUAACAACCAGACAGAUGAUAACCCCGACAAUUCAUUCGGUCUUUUUUACAUCAUUUUUUUCCGCCUUUCUCUUCUUUGGCUAGCCUAGAUUUAGCCCUGUAUAUAUCGACAUAUAUACUUUGAUCUUUUGGGGGUUUUAUACGUGAAAAGGGGCUUUCACCUAUUGUUUCUUUUCUUUCAUGCUUUUUAGAAGCAAGCAACUUUAAUCUUUUUUUUUCAAGCCUCUUAUUUUCCUAUGUCACGUCUUUUUGUAUGAAUCUGCCGCGCAUUUGAUACCAACAUGUUAUCCAGCUUUUUUGAGAAG